GAACAGAAAAAGGAUGAGGCGGCUGCGUGGCCAUCUCUCACGAUGGCUCUGUUCAUUACGAAACCCAUCCCAUUUGUUCGAGAAUUCUUCGCUGCUGUCGCGCGCUUCUCGUAUCCCGCUUCAAGAAUCGACCUCUAUAUUUACAACAAUCAGCAGUACAACGAGAAGGAUGUUAGUAACGCGAUAAAAAAUUUUUAA